UUUUUUGUUCAGUUUUUGAGAGGCAUAAGCGACGCAAGCGGAAGUUAAGGUGUGUUCUUCACUUGACAGGUGCUCAAAAAAAGGCGAAUUUUCCUACACAUAUCUGGGCAAGGUGGUGUCCGUGUGCCCUUAGAGUCUGUGCCUCGGUCAGCGAUGUCCACAGGAGAGGAUCAGAAUGUGGAAUGCCCGUUGUGCAUGGAACCGCUAGAAAUGGACGACAUCAACUUCUUCCCAUGCACUUGCCUAUACCAGAUUUGUCGAUUUUGUUGGCACCGUAUCAGGACUGACGAAAAUGGGCUCUGUCCUGCCUGCAGAAAACAGUACCCCGAGGACCCGGCUGACUUCAAACCGCUCUCAGUAGAGGAGCUGCAUAGGAUAAAGAACGAGAAGCGCCAGAGGGACCUGCAGAGGAAACAGAAGCUCUCUGAAAAUCGUAAACAUUUGGCCAACGUUCGCGUUGUACAGAAAAAUCUGGUGUUUGUCGUAGGUUUGCCACCGCGACUAGCGGAAGCGGAAACGCUCAAGAAACAGGACUGUUUUGGUAAAUAUGGUAAAACUCACAAAGUGGUCGUCAAUCAGAGCACCUCGUACGCGGGGCUGCAAGGCCCUUCAGCGAGCGCCUACGUCACCUACUACAAGGCGGAGGAUGCGCUGCGAGCCAUCCAGGCUGUCAACAACGUGAAAGUGGAUGGAAGGACUCUAAAAGCUUCCCUCGGCACCACAAAAUACUGCAAUUAUUUUCUGCGUGGUCAACAGUGCCCAAAGACGGACUGCAUGUAUUUGCAUGAGUUGGGCGACCAGGCAGCGAGUUUCACAAAAGAGGAGAUGCAACACGGUAAACACCAGGAGUACGAGCGUAAGCUGCAUGAACAGAUGUUGGCAGCCAACAAUAACGUGGCUGCGUGUGCCCCUCCGCCCGCGGUGGCUCCGGCCGCUGCGCCUGUCUCGACUACUGCCCCGAAGAAGGCCAACAAGCCGCGCAAGCCAGGGCUGGCACCGCGGCACGCUAGACAAAGCGAACAGAAGGCAGCCGCGGCUGCUGCCGCUGCGGCAGCUGCGGCGAACAACACUACGAGCGGUGGUACACCACCGGUGCCCAAGGAAAACAGAAGCACGCCGCCUGAGGAUCCGUCGCCAACGUUUACGGCGUCCCUAUCGCCCCCGUCGCCCGAGACGUCGAGGGCUGGCGGCGACGACGCGAUUGCCCACGAAGACGACUUGGGCUUCGACCCGUGGGACGAAUGCUCUAAGGGUCUGGCGGACUUACUCGAAAAGGAGGCAGUCUCGGCGACCACUUCGACGACAACGGCUGUACCACGGUUGGCAAGCAGCAAUUCCCUCUGCGCUCAUCCUCCGCCUGCUCUGUCAACUCCGCUGUCUACAUCGCUGUCAACCCCGCUUUCGACGCCACUGUCGGCGCCAUUGGCCACAAGUUUGUCAUCACCGCUACAGGCCCCCUUGUUGUCCAUGCACCAUCAACAGCGGACACCUUUUCUGCAGCCAUCGCGCCCAGCGCCGCCUUUUGAACCUUUGCUACGCAGGCCUCCACCACCGCCGCCGCCAGGUUUUAGUCCAUUCCUAGUAGGACAGCAAACACAGAAACUGAUGCCCCUGGCAACGCACCAGGGGCCAGCCAUGCCUGGUGCCGGGAACGGGCUGGCAGAACUGUGCGCGCUGCGUGAGUCCCAAGAAGCACUUCGCUCGCUUUUGCCCACAGUGAACAUAACCUUUGGGCCACCCCUUGGGGUUGGCCCACAGGGUGGUGCCGGUUCACACCAUGCCCCGCACCUGAGGGGACCUCCAUCUUCACAGUUUGGAAACAGCUGUCCCCCACCCUGGGGGAACAGUGCAGUCCCAGAAAUGCCCUGGAUCUCUCAGGACCCUGCCAUCCUGACUGGGGGAAGCCUAACAGAUGCCACUAACAUGGCUGCGCGUUUCUAGGCUUCUCUCUCUAUCCGCUGCGCUCUGAACCCAGUCCCCGCCUACCUUCUCAAUUUUUAUUUUCUCUUUACAUCGACCACUGUGUGGAUCAUGAUGAGUUCCACAGAACCAAAAUUUGACCCGGUUAUGUCUUUCUCUGAAAAGACUCCCUAAGGUGCUGCUGUGGAAGCUUCUCUCUCUCUCUCUUUUUUCUUUACAUUCUCUCUUUGCUUUCUAAAUUUAAGAAAGAAGAAAAAAAGAUCCAACAAAGUGACGGAAUAAACAGUACGCAGUGAAAUUCAA